AUGCGACAAGCAAACCCAAUAGUGGUGGGUAGCUUAUUAGUAGAACAAUUUAAAGAUUCUGGACGGAUAUACCGUUCGACCGAAAUUGUAAAGGAUUUUAGGAUUAAAGAAAAAGUCAAUUUAACGUAUAUGCAAGCAUGGCGUGGUAAAUGUAACGCAUUAGAACUUUUGCAAGGUAGUUCGUCAAGUUCUUUUGCGGAACUUCCCGUCUAUUGUUAUAACUUGGAGAAGGUUAAUCCAGGAACAGUGACACACAUACGCACUGAUUCUGAAAGUCGUUUUGAAAUGUUAUUUGUGGCCAUAGGUGCGGUGAUUCGGAGCUUUGUCCGUAAUUUAAGACCGCUUAUCAUCAUAGAUGCUGCCCACUUGAAGGGUGAAUUUAAGGGAACAAUGUUUUUGGCUGUGGGCAUGGACGGAAACAAUCAGAUUUUGCCUAUUGGUUAUGGCAUUGGUAAAUCUGAGGACGGUGAGUCGUGGACGUGGUUCCUUUCGAAACUGAAAGAAUGCAUCGGCGAACAUCCAGAAUUGGCAAUCAUCUCUGACCGGGCAGCUUCUAUACAAUUAGCCGUACGGUUGGUGUUUCCAAGAAGCUUUCACGGGUUAUGUUGUCGUCAUUUGAUGGUCAACCUUCGAUUACCGUCAAAAAAAAAAAAAAAGGAAUAUGAGAGUCUUUGGUGGAAGACGUGCAAAUCUUACCGGAUGUCCGAUUUUCAAGAAUCAUUUGACGCGCUAUGUGCUGCUGUUCUAAGAUUACGAGACAUUCUUAUAGAAAUUGGGUUUGAGAAAUGGUCAAGAGCACAUUGUCCAGCGAGAAGAUAUCAUUACAUGACAUCUAAUAGCGCUGAAUCUAUGAAUGCUUUAUCAAACCAUGCCCGAAAAAUUCCAAUAACCCAAUUGAUAGAAUUUUUCGUACAGUCUGUCCAAAAAUGGUUCUAUGAUCGCCGGAAAGAGGGAAUUCAAGGGGAACACUUUCUUACACCGUGGGCUCAAAAAAAAUUCGAGGCAAAGUGGAAGGUUCUCGUUCGUGGGUGGUUGCUGGAAUUUCCCAGGACAGUUUUGAUGUUGAUGACGGUGGAAAGAGAGGUUUAG